CUCUACGAGGUUUCACCGUUUUCCAAUCUUCUCUCAACUCUACGCAGUCGGAUAAUUCAGACCAGACUCUACGCGAAAUUUAAUGUCCGAACUUCUUUCAGUAUUGUGAGAUGAGGAGAUGAGGAUGGUUCACAUCUGUUAAAAAGUGAAGAAUGAGGAUCAAAAUAAUAAUCAUUUUUCUUCUCUCAGUUCUCAGACAAAUAUCAGGAAGAACUCCAUUAUCGAUUAGAAUAGGUGGGGUUCUGGAACCGCAGGAAAGGUUUGCUGAAACAACUCUACAGGCUGCCGUGGAUAAUAUAGAUCAGAAGGGUAUUUUGAACGAAACUCGGAUAGAUGUUUAUCUGAAGUAUGUUGAGAACUCUCCUGUCUCCGCCUACACUGCAACCUGUGAUCAGCUGGAGAGAUCUGUAUAUUCAAUAUUCUCCAGUACUCAGGAUAUACAACCUAUAAUCAGUUCUCUUGCUUUCCAGUUCAAGAUUCCACAUUUCUCCACACAGCUUCCUUCCUCUUCUAGACCCUUCUCCAGUCCUUUCUCAAUCUACCUUGCUCCGUCCCAAUGGGAUAUAACGGAGAUAACUCUGGAGAUAGCUCUUAACCUGGGAGUGAGCAAGGUUGGAUUGGUUUCUCACUCCACAACCUCUAUUCUUGAAACUGCUAGGUUGGUCGAAGCUCUACAAUCUGCUGGAGUAGAUGUUCUAGUUCUAGAUCUAGCAGAGAAGGAUGUUAGACCAGACCUUGCUCAGCUCAGAAGGAAAGGAUUCUACACUUGUAUUGUUGAUGUCGCUGACUAUCUUAUUAAACCGUUUAUUGAGCAGGGUAUGCAGGCAGGUUUGGUAAACUCUGAGACGACCUUUAUCCUGACAUCUCUAGAUUUUUCUGGAGUAAACCUUGAAGUUGCAAGGUUCAGCGGAGCAGGAAUUAUUGGGUUCUCUCUCAUAGAUCCUGAACUCACGUACAAUCUUACUCAGAAUGAGACAGAUCUACUACGACAAAGCUACAAAGCUGCAGUUCUUCUAGACUCCGUUAGAUUAUUCUCCGAGGGUAUCAAGGAUCUCAGUAAAAUAACUGAUGUGGAGAAUCCCCGAGUUAGCUGUCAAAACCAAACCCAGAUAUAUGAGGAUGGAGAAGCGUUAUUUGCUAGUUUUCAGAGGGUUUCAUUUCAGGGGUAUACCGGGAUGGUUCAGCUCCAGGGUCAAACUAGGGAAGAUGUGAAUCUACAUAUUCUAGCGCUUCAUCCUGAUCUAGGACUCAAGAAAAUAGGACUUUGGUCCAGAGAUAGGAGAGGCUCAGCUGUAAUUGGAGAUAUUAAAGAAAACAUUGAUCAGAUCAGGAUGUUUGGGAAGGACAGAUUAGCUUUAAUAUCCAGGAAUCCUGAUCUAGAAGUUGAAACAGUCCUGAAAACUGUGGCUGAGAGACAUGGAUCAGUUUAUAGAACAGUUUCUACCCUGGAGAAAAUACUACAGGAGGAGAUUCCUAUAUACUGGGAUACAAUAUCUCAAGGUUCUCCUAACCUAACCACGGAGAGCUUGAACCCGGAGAAGGAACUGGAUUCUACUCUACCCGUCUCACUCUCAGAUAUAUAUUUAGUUUUCAAGAAAGAUAGUAUUGGAGGUCUGGAUUGGUUAAAGUGUAUCCUUGGUUUUCUCUUCAUCCUUCUCUGUUCCUCUUUAUCCCUCUCCUUCUCCUCCAGGAUAUCUCCGUACCAGAGACGAGCCAAUCCGUACAGUAUCCAGGAUUCUAUUUGGAUAAAUGUUUGUGGACUCUUGUUCCGAUCCUGGGAUUUUCGUCUCCAGGGCGUUUCCAGCAGAUUAGUUUCCAUAGUUUGGUGGGUUUUCAGUUCUUUUACCGUCCUACUCCUCUCCUACCAUCUUCUAAACCCAGCGGUUAAUCUUGAUCUCACCCAUAUCCUGCAGGAUCCAAACCUUUCAAUACAAACCUUAGAACAUUCUCAGCUUCAUCAGUAUCUCAAGGUUUCUCCGGACCCUGUUCACCAACACCUAUCCUCUAGAGUACAAUCCUCCUUCCAGAGGUUAUCUCAAGGAUUGGAAACUGUCUCAAGUCAAAACAAUAUUCUCAUUAUUCUAGAAGGAUCUCAACUCUUAGAGGUAGGGUGUGAGUUUGAACGGAUCAAGGUUGGGUCUAGACCUAGAUAUCUGAGCAUGAGGAGAGGAUCUAUCUGGAGAGAACGAUUAAACCAUGGAAUCCGUACCUACCAGAGUACCCGGAGUAUUCAGACUUCAGACCAGAUUCAAGACAUCAAAACUCAACCCUGUCAAAUAGAUGACAUGAAUUUUUAUUAUUAUCUCGCAGGCUUUGGAUUGGUUGGAUCUUUACUCUCUCUCCUCUUUGCACUCGGAGAACUCGUCUUUUUCUCCGUCCGCAGAACUCGUAAAUCUGAAUCCUGGUGGAAACGUCUUACUCAAGAACUCAAGUUAAUGAUGAGGAAUGAGAGCACUGACGAGAAACUGGUUCAACUUUCAAACCUAGAGUUUUCUUCUCCAAGUAGGAAUGAGAACCUGGCAAAGUUCUCCAGUAGCGGAGAGAAGCAGAGGAGUCCUACUCCGGAUAAGGAUGAUGAUGAAGAUGAACCCUCUGUAACGGAGAAACUAAUCCUAGAGAAAGCCUAUGACGAACAUCUUGAAAACUCUCGGCUCUAAAACUUAAGCAUUCCAUACUCAAUGUCUUAAAUGUAUUAGUUAAUGUAUUUUCAUGUUAUGGUUCUGUUAAAAGAACUGGUUUUUUUCUGUUAAAAAAAAUGUAUUAAUGUAUUAGUGUAUUGAUGUAUUAAUGUAUAAUAAUGAAUAAUAUCCUGGUAUACUGAUUUGUCCAAAGAAAAGUAAAAAAUUUAGUAAUUCCUUUUCAGUUCAAAAAUAAAUUAUUUUAAUUUUCGUGAACCGCAUGGUUCUCUUUUAAGUUCAAAUUGCUUUUUCAACCAUGGAAUUGGAUCUAUUUUAUGAUAUUUUUUGGUUUCGGCCUGACUCUGCAGUACACUUUCAGUGUAAACACACUUUUUUGUUUAAAUAAAGGAUUUUAGAACAAUGAA